UUUUCGGCAAAAUGCGAAGAGAUAAAAGCCGGGGCAAGGUCACCGCCAGAACAGUUCACAUCGAGAUGCGUUGCCGCUGGGAGUACCUGAUCUUAGCUGUGCUGGUGCUGGCCGUGCUGGCCCAGAUGACCGAGGCGGCGCAGGCCAACCAGGCAAGAAGGAGAUUGAGGAACGGAAACGUCCGCAAACUGGCAACGAAUAGGAGUCAAGCUGUGGCCAAGACCGCCCGAAGCAGAGCAGCUGUGAGAAGAGGCACCUCUGUCGCAAAGAAGACCUCCCCGAGCAAGGCAUCAAAGACAGCGACACCCGCCAAGAUCCAGUCGAAGAUUGUCGGUGGCACUACGACGACCAUUAGCACGGCCCCAUACCUAGUGCAGGUGCGUCGCGGAACUAGCCUGUGCGGCGGCUCUUUGAUAUCCACCCUUUGGGUUCUCAGCGCCGGACACUGUGUGAAGGGGCAAACUGCCUCGUCGUUUUUGGUGCGCGGAGGAACCACCACUCUAGACGGCAGCGAUGGCGUGGUGCGCUCCGUGGUCCUUACUGCCGUGGCACCCCGUUUCACUACCACGAAAAUGAACAUGGACGCCUCACUGCUGAAGCUGAACGAAACCAUGACAGGCACCAACAUUGCCACCAUCUCGAUGGGGUCCUUCGUGCCCAAAGCGGGCUCCAGGGUGCGCAUCGCGGGCUGGGGUCUGACCAGUGAAGGCGGCAGCACUUCCCGGACGCUGCGGGCCACGCAGAUCACGGUGGUCAGGCAGCGUGUUUGCAGCCAGGACUACGGCAGAUUGGCCACCAUCACCAAAUACAUGUUCUGCGCCCGCGGCAAGAAGAAGGAUUCAUGCAGCGGCGACUCCGGCGGUGCAGUAACCAGAGAUUCAACGCUGCUGGGCAUUGUAUCGUUUGGCUAUGGCUGCGCCAGGUCCGGAUAUCCCGGCGUGUACACAGCGGUGGCCAGGAUCCGAACGUGGGCCAACCGCAUAAUGUCGAACAAUUAGGAUCUUAAACCUUGAGAGUCACUGAACCUACGACCUACAAUAAUAAGCCCACAAGACAGGGCUGUUUUGCUUAAUCCAUAAAUAAAUCCAGUUAAAAACAACACUACUCCAGCAUACUCUUGUGUGCUUAGAUAGGAAAAUGGAAUUCAAAGACGGAACACGUCAAAUAUCACCUGACUAAUAACAGCCUAGAACCAACAACUGGCUUAAACAAAGACUUCUCGCCUUGGGCUCGUACAGAAGUCCAACUAAAUAUAGGCAUUUUUUUUUUUGGUAGAUAACUUCGCGAAGCGAAGGUCUAGCGAAUUCCUAACUGUGACAGCUCGAAGCUAGUGAUAAUAUUGAUUUUUGUACGAUUAUAUGGCACACGUGUGCUAACACUUCUUGUACACUCGCUUCAGAUCUCCACAAAAACGGAAGACACUUUACCAUACGUACCAUUAUCUCAGCAGCUCAGCCAGUUAUUGGUCUUCCUGACAUGCAGAUCACAAACAUAAAUAUGUUUUAUAGGGCAUUAUGGCAAAAAAGCCCGAUAUUUUGGCCCAAUUAUAAU